ACCAAUCCUCCAGGUGACUUCCAGCCAUGAAGACUCUUGUCCUCCUCUCUGCCCUUGUCCUGCUGGCCUUGCAUGUCCAGGCUGGUCCUAUUCGAGAGGCAGAGGAAGAGGCUAAAACUGAGGAGCAGCCAGCAGAUGAGGACCAGGGUGUCUAUCCUCUUGGAAGUGCCAGAAGAUUCUGCUUUUUAAAAUUUAAGCUCAAGAAGAUCCUUGGGAUGCUCUUGCAGAAUAUCAUGCAAAAGUUUGGAAUGCGUCGCUGGGAGGUGCGUGCCAGGUGCUGAUAAAUGGUAAAAAUUCAGCUGCAGCUGAAGAA